AUGCGUCUAAUGCCUUGGGAGGACAGCCUCUACCACAGCACCAGGUUGGAGACAGGGAGCACAGAGGGGUCCAGAAGAAGGAAAGAACACUUAAAAGAUGCUUCAAAGAAGAUGAAAAGUGGGCUUAUGUUUGUCAAACUGGUUAACCCGUGUUCAGGGGAAGGAACCAUUUACUUGUUCAAUAUGUGUCUACAGCAGCUGUUUGAAAUAAAAGUUUUCAAGGAAAAACACCAUUCUUGGUUUAUAAAUCAGUCAGUUCAAUCAGCCAUGGAAUUCCUGGAUUAUGUGGGAAAGUUCCAACCCCUAGAUCAAGUCGUGGUGGAUGACAUGUUCCCAAAUUGCAUCUUGUUGCUGAAACUUCCUGAACUUGAGAAGUUACUUCAGCAUGUGACAGAGGAGAAAGAAAUAGACAAAAAGAAAUAUUACAAGUACAGCAAGGAGAAGACGAUACAGUGGCUGGAAAAAAAGGUUAACCAGACUGUGGCAGCCUUAAAAACCAAUAACGUAAAUGUCAGUGCCCGAGUACAGACAGCUGCAUUUUUCUCUGGUGACCAGGUUUCCAGUGACAAGGAAGAGGAUUAUAUUUGUUAUGCCCAUGGUCUGAUAUCUGAUUACAUCCCUAAAGAACUAAGUGAUGACUUGUCUAAAUAUUUAAAGCUUCCAGAACCUUCAGCUCCAUUGCCAAACCCUCCAUCAAAGAAAGUAAAGUUAUCUGACGAGCCUGUAGAAGCAAAGGAAGAUUACACUAAGUUUAACAGGAAAGAUUGGAAGACGGAGAAGAAAAAUAGCAAAAUGACUGCAGCUCAGAAGGCUUUGGCUAAAGUUGACAAGAGUGGAAUGAAAAGUAUUGAUUCCUUUUUUGCUGCAAAAAAUAAAAAAAAAAUUGAAAAGACUUGAAACUUUGAAAAUGAAAUCUAGCAAAAAGUAUUUGCCUUUUACAUGUUCCACUUUUGUCCUUCCUCCAUGCCACUCUACCUCCUAACCCUUAAUUACCGCCUUUUGAAAAAAUAAAGAAUAAACGAGGGCAAUUUUCAGAGCCGAACAUUUCUUGGCAUUUGAUUUUUGUGUUUCUGAACAAAGUAUGGGAAAGUAAUUGGGUAACUUCAUGGCCUGUGGCCUUCAGAGUCUUGUUUGACAUCAUGAAAAGUCAUCAAGUGAACAGAGUUAAUUUGUAGCUAAACUGUAGCAUCACAGUUUCCUCAAUAAACGGACAUGUGACAAUA